ACCAAUCCCAUUAAAGCAUCUCUCCAAACGAAAUUCAAGAAUUAAAUGACCGUUUGUCGUUUUGUCGCGACGAGCAACGCGGUACAAACUAAUGUGUGGAAAAUAAAUGUUGAUUUUACGCAGUUGAUAUCCACCUUUUUUAAUACUAAUCACUUGGUUUAUAUGGUUAGCGAUCAAUUAUCUAUCUUUUGUUUUAAAUUAUCUUUAAGUAAAUGGAAUCUCCUAAUAAGAUGGAGAAUACAUUAGAUUCAAUUCAUCCAUCAGAGAAUCCACAGGAAGAAAUGUCAUAUCUAUUUGGUAGAGAUCCAAGUAUUUUAGCAUAUAGUCAGAGGCCAUUUCCUUCAAAGGAUGCAAGAAAGAAUUUACUUUCAUCAUAUGAAAUUGAAGAAAUUAAUGACAAUGAAUUAUCUGAACAUUCGGAUUCUCCAACUUUACAAACUAUUAAAGUAUAUCUUAGACUUAAACCAUUUCAAAAGAUGAAAUUAACAGAAGAACAACAAGAAGCAUACAAAAUUUUAAAUUCUACAACAUUACUCACAAAGCUACCAAUGGUAGAUAAUAAUACAAGUUCUAAACAGUCCAAAAAUAAUGAAAUAAUCUGCCGAAAAUUUACUUUUUCACAAACUUUUGGACCAGAAACUACACAAUUAGAAUUAUUCAAACAAACAGUACAGCAGCAAAUAAUAGACUUCUUAGCUGGACAAAAUUGUACUAUAAUGACGUAUGGUACUACAAAUUCGGGAAAAUCAUAUACAUUGCAAGGAACUCCAACUUCACCUGGACUUAUUCUACGUACACUAGAAUUUGUGUUUAAUAAUAUUACGACAAACCCAAAUCCAUUUUAUAAACCUCUGCAUUAUAAUGAUGUAAUUAAUCUUAAUGCACUUCAACGUGCGCAGGAAAUUGAAGCAAAAACUAAACUGUUAACAUUUAGUUCUGUGGAUAAACAUCACUAUAUGAAUACUUAUGAGCAAACACAAAAAUUAUUGAGGCAAGAAGAAUUAAUUCGACCGAGUCAAUGCCAUGAUGCACAUUAUUCGGUUUGGGUUUCAUUCGCAGAAAUCUAUAAUGAAAUUGUAUAUGAUUUAUUAUCCAAUGAAUGUCAAAAAAAAGUACCAUUAAAAUUGGGAACAGAUUCCAAUGGUAGAGCAUUUAUUAAAGGUUUAAAAACUAUUUAUGUUAACUCAGCUGCUGAAGCUUAUCACAUUUUAAUGGCAGGACAGUAUAAUUUAAAAGUAGCUGCAACUGCAUUAAAUGCCAAAAGUUCAAGAUCUCAUUGUAUAUUUACAAUUAUAUUAUUAAAAUAUUAUGCAGAAAAUUUACCCGACACAGUUGAAUUGAGCACGUUUUCUUUUUGUGAUCUGGCGGGUUCGGAACGUGUGAAGAAGACAUUGAAUAUUGGUGACAGAUUGAAAGAGGCACAAAAUAUCAACACUAGUUUACUAGUGUUGGGCAGAUGUUUAAAAUCUAUUCAUGAAGGACAACUAACAAGAACGAAAACGGAUACUGUGGGACCAUUUAGAGAAUCUAAAUUAACCAGAUUAUUUCAACGAGCAUUAUCGGGAAAGGAACACCUAGAUUUAAUAGUUAAUGUUAAUCCUUUGCCAAGUCUUUAUAUAGAAACUCAAAAUGUAUUGAAAUUUGCAGCUAUUGCGAAAAAAAUUAUUAUAGAAAAAAAGAAGCAAAUACAAAAAAAAUUGAAAUCAAGAUUUUCACAAUUAGUCAUGCAGAGUAUAGAGACAGUAACCGAUUGGGAUACUAUAGAAUUGGAAAGUGCGAAUUGGCAACAGACGAAUAGCAUGGAAGAAGAUGAUUCAGAGUAUAUUAUUUCAGAAAAAUACAUAGAUCUUAUAAAUGAAAACAAAAAGUUGAAGAAGGAGAUUACUCUUUUAAAGAAUUCAGCUUUAAUUAGAGAUUUUCAGAGUCGACAGGAAAUGGCUGACAAAUACAUUGAAAUGAUAAAUAAGCUCGAAACCGAUUGGAAACAACGUAUAGAGGAUAUGGAAAUUCAACACGAAGAUACCCUCGAGUGGACUGUGAAACAGAUUAAAGAAUUUUAUAAAGGAAAGUAUGAGUUACAUAGGAAGAGAAAAAAACACAGCGAUUGCAUUGAUGAUAGCGAUGAAGAUGAUGACAACCUUAAUUUAACUAUUAAACAAUUACUUGAAGAAAAUGCACAACUGCUAGAAAAAAAUGAAUCUUUAAAUAAGACAUUAACCGAAGUGAAAAUAACAAAUGAAACCUUAAUUAUAGAAAAAAAUAAAGCUGCUUUUGAAUUAGGAUUGACAAAGGAGGAUUUAAAAGUUGCAAGAAAUCUUUUAGAAACUGCUCAAAAAGAUAUUUGUUCCACUCAAGAUGGUAAAGCUUACAUAAAAGAAAUCACCUUACAAUUACAUGCUAAGGAUGAACAAAUUAAAAAACUUAAAGAAUUUCUCAAUGAAGCAAAAGAAGAAUAUAUUGCUAUUACAUCUGAUUUAAGAAAGAAAGACCUUUACAUUGAUAACCAAGCAAAAGUUCUGAUAGAAAAUGAAGAAAAAAUUGAAGAUUUAGAAUUACAUCUUGAAGAUGUUAAUGUUUGCUUGACAGAAAAAACGAGAGAAGUAGAGCUUCUAGAAAAGAAACUUGAAGACCAUAAUGAAAAUAAAAUCUUGCAAUUGCAAGAAGAAAUUAACAGGUUAAAAAAUGAAAAAAUAGCAUUAAUUAAAUCCCAUAAACAGGAAUUAGCAUCUGUUCAAAAUGAAUAUCAAGAGAUUGUCAUAAAAGAAGAGAUAAUUACUGAUAAUGUGUUUGAAGAUUCAAGUAAUAUUAGAGGAAAUAUAAAAGAAAAGGUAGAAAAUGCAGAAGCUAAUAUUGAAGCUAAAGAAACUGAUUUGAAUAACUUAAAUCCAGAAGAAAUUCUUUCUAAACCUCUGCGGGUAGAAAUAGAUUGCCGGAUAGAUAUAACAAACAAUAAGGAUUAUAAUGAUACUGAAAACAAAUUGGAAGAAGGUACUCAAACUACUCCGAUAAUAAAAAUAUCGAAGGAUAUACAAACAAGUUGCAAAAAAUCUUUAUCAAAUGAUAAAGCUGUCGAAAUAAAAGAUGAUGCAAAGAUGCAAUCAGAUAUGCUUGCCAAACUUAAUGAUAUUCAAAUGCAAUACGAACAUAAAUGUUUACAAGAGAAAGAGUUGAGUGAAGAAUUAAACGAUUUGAAAAAGACAAUGCAGACUCUACAGGAAGAAAAUUGUUCGAAUAAAAUUGUUUUAGAUGAAUAUAAACAAUCCACAGAAGUGCUUAAAAAACAAUUGUCAUUGGCUAUAGAAGAGAAACAAAAACUAGAGGAGACUUUAUUGAAUUCCGAUAUAGUUUUAAAACAAAAAAUUACAGACGAAUAUGCAGAAAAAAUAUCACAAUUAGAAAAUAGUUUGAAAACUAUAGAGAAGUUGAAACACGACAUUGAUCAACUAAAUAAGAACUUAGAAGCGUGUCAAAUGGAAAAGGAUUGUACACAAAAAGCAUUCGACGAAAAUAAUAAAAAAUUGUUCGAACUCGAAAGUCGAUUGGAAGAAACAAUUUCUAAGGAACAAGAGAAGGAUGUUGAAAUUGCGACUUUACAAAAAGAACUAAAACGUAUGAUACAGAAAAGCGAAAAUGCCGAGACGACUGAUACUAUAAUGGAAGCCGAAUUAAAGCAUGCUAUAAACGAAUUAACGCAGACGAAAGAAACGCUUCACCAAAAGGAACAAGAUAUGAAAGAGUUGAAAAUUCACUUGGAAAAUUUUGAGAGAAAUGUAAAAAUACUUAAUCUACUUGAGCAAAAUUCUAAGGAACGACAAGUUGAAAAUGAACGAUUGCGAAAUAUAAACGAAGAACUAAGAACCGGUCUAACGCAAAAAGAACGCGAGAUGGAUGCAUUCAUGAAGAAUCGAGAUGAAACGGUAACCAAGUAUGAAACUUUAGUAAAGAAUCAGCAGGAUGAACUAGACAUGCAAAAAAGAGAAGUGAUGAGAUACCAAGAAUUGUUCCGUCGGCAAAUUACACCGACGCCAAAUAAAGAUGAUAUCAAGAAAUUGCAAAAUCAUAUAGAGAUUCUUCAAGAUAAAUUACAGAAAUAUGAAAUUAACGCGAAAACCAAAAACCAAAACAGUGUUGAUAGCACGUCGGAAGAGGAAACUUCGGUUCAACGGCCCAAACGACGAGGAAAGAAAACCAUUCCAUCCGCAAAACAGGAAAAUAUACCGAUUGUCGAAUUGUCUGGGUCUGAAUCUAAACGCAGUACGAGGAAUACCACUUUGCCACCGCAGGAAACAUCGACUGAGAAAAGACGUACUCGUAGAAAAAAAUUAUUCGUUGAAAAUGACUCAUUCGCGGAAGUCGAACCUGUUACGCCACUUUUGCCAACUCGAAAUUUAAGGAAUCGAAAAAAAUAAGAAAAAAAUAAAUAUAUGUCACAUUUUGUAAAUAUCUUGUAUAUGUUUAAGGAAAGCUGACGAGAGAUAGCUGAGUACAAAUGAGAAAAAAAGAUGCAGAAACGUUGAAUAGAUCACAAAAUGAAUGCUGCGUGUUCUGUAAUGUUUAAUAAUCAUAUAGUAUCAUAAGUAA